AUGGCCACGUCCCCGUGCAGCAGCAGCGGCGUCUCCUCCGCGUCGUCAGCGGGGCUGGGCGCGGAGGCGGCGCUGGAGAUCCGCACGCGCUCGGUGGAGCAGACGCUGGUCCCGCUGGUGUCGCAGAUAACUACUCUUAUUAACCAUAAGGAUAAACCAAAGCGGUCAGACAAGACGCUGCAAGCAAUUCAGCGGGUGGGCCAAGCGGUUAACCUAGCAGUUGGAAGAUUUGUUACAGUAGGAGAAGCCAUAGCCAAUGAAAAUCGAGAAUUGAAAGAGGAAAUGAGUAUUGCUUGCAUUGAGGCAAAGCGAGCAGGUGAAACAAUUGCACAACUUACAGAUGUAGCUAACUUGGAUCAUCCAGAAUCUGAUGGCCGGAUAACCAUUUUUACAGACAAAACAGGAGUAGUAAAAGCUGCAAGAUUGCUGCUUUCGUCAGUGACAAAGGUGCUGGUGCUGGCAGACAGAAUAGUUAUUAAACAAAUUUUAGCUUCCAGAAACAAGGUUCUUGCAACAAUGGAACAGCUAGAGAAAGUGAGUAGUUUUCAAGAGUUUGUGCAAAUAUUCAGUCAGUUUGGAAAUGAAAUGGUGGAGUUCGCCCAUUUAACUGGAGACCGACAAAAUGAUUUAAAGGAUGAAAAGAAAAAAGCUAGAAUGGCAGCAGCUAGGGCUGUUCUUGAGAAAUGCACCAUGAUGCUUCUCACUGCUUCAAAGACAUGUCUGAGGCAUCCUGACUGUGAAUCUGCUCGUUUAAACAAAGAAGGAGUGUUUCACCGAAUGAGAUUAGCUUUGGAGCAGGUAAUAGAGAUCGUAACUGACUCUAGACCCAGUGGAGAGAAUGAAAUGGCCGCCAUAAGUAUAUAUACGAGCAUCAAAGAAUUCAAGAAUAAGGUGGAAGGUCUUCGGGAGAAUCUUUAUUUUCUCUCUAAAGAGAAUCUUUCAACAAUGCUGGAACUCAUUCUGGAACACACAGAAGAUUUUACUGAUUCUGCGUACACCAGCCAUGAGCACAGAGAACGCAUCUUGGAACAGUCCAAGCAGGCUAAAAUGGAACUAGAGCAGCUGGUUUCAGUGUGGAUGCAAGCUCAAAGCCAGAAAACAAAGGAUAUCACAGAAGACUUGGAAGUAGCCAUACUAAAAACAUGCCAGUGUAUGAAUGAACUCAAAAGAGAACUUCACCAUGCAGCCACAUCACUGGCAGCAGACCUGCUAAGAUACCAUGCAGAUCACAUGGUUUUGAAGGCAUUAAAAAUCACAGGAGUAGAAGGAAAUCUAGAAGCUGUAGCAGAAUAUACUUGUAAGCUAUCAGAGCAGAAAGAGCAGCUUGUUGAGACAUGUCGCUUGUUGAGGCAUGUUUCUGGAACAGAGCCACUUGAAAUUACUUGCAUACAUGCAGAAGACACCUUUCAGGUCACUGGCCCACAGAUAAUUUCUGCUGCAGAAACACUGACAUUACAUCCAUCUAGUAAGAUUGCAAAAGAAAAUCUUGAUGUGUUCUGUGAGGCUUGGGAGUCCCAGCUGAGUGACAUGUCCAUGUUGUUAAGAGAAAUCAAUGAUGUGUUUGAGGGAAGACGAGGAGAGAAGCGUGCCUACCUAUCACUUCCCAGGCCAGGGAAGCAUAAUGCGAAUCUGAAAGCAUUAAAGCCAGUCAAACUUGAUACUGAGGAACAAGCAAAACUUGGAAAACUUGGAUUAGAACUGCAUUUGCUCACAUCUGAUGUAGACUCUGAGACUGAGAAAUGGGAGGACCAGGAGAAUGAGAUUGUGCGCCAUGGACAAAGUAUAUCCAGCAUGGCCCACUCCAUGUACUUAUUUACCAGAGGAGAAGGGCUGCUGAAGACUACCCAGGAUUUAUUUCACCAAGCAGAGGUUUUUGCUACAGAGGGCAUAAAGCUUGCUUCAGUUCUCACUGCCUUUUCUAAUCAGCUAGAAGACGAUGACAAACCUUUGCUUUUGUUGGAGAUUGACAAGCUGAUCCCUGUGUGCCAGCAGCUUCAGAUAACAGCUAAAACCACUGUUCAGGGGAAAAAUGCUACUUUUACAAAGGUUGACACAUGCAUUCGGAAAACAAAAGGUGUGAUGACCAUUUUAUCCCAAGUUCUCCCACUCAGCUGCAAGCUACUGAAAAAGUGUGGAACUGGAAAUGGCUGGCUUAGAUCACCUCAUCCAUGGAGAGAGAACAGAUUACAAAGAAAUACAAAUGAAGACAGCAUGGAAGGGAAAACUGAUGCCUUUGGAAUAAAAUCCUUGGAACAUCAUGUAGCAAAUCUGACAUUUUUAGAGAGCAAAUAA